AUGACGGGUCGCGAAUCGCAUAGGAUCAAGGAUGCGGAAAAGAAACGUGUCCUGGAUGAAGCGGCACGCAAGCGACGCGCACGCAAAGCUCUCGAAGCUUUGGAGCAGGACAACUUUCAAGAUGAUCCUCAUGCGGAUCUAGUGAUGUCGAAAAAGUUACCCAAAUUCCAGGAGAGCAUCAAGAACGGCAAAGAGAAGAAGGGCAAACGCAAAGGAGCCGAAUACUUUCGCGCUAAAUAUCGCAAAAAUUUCCAGCAACUGCUCGAGGAGGAUAAGCAGAGGCCGAAUUAUGAAAGUGCCGCUGCGCCGCCGCCAAAGAAACCCGUUCGCCAUUUCUGUGCCGUCUGUGGUAACUUUUCGCAAUAUUCGUGCACCGCAUGUGGAACGCGAUAUUGCCGCGUGCGCUGCCUGCGCACCCAUCAAGACACACGUUGCCUCAAGUGGACCGCCUGAUUUGUUUGUAGAGCCCCAUUCCUCCAUAUCCAAUACAAAUACAUGCAAUAAAACCAAAAUUUGAAAACUGUUA